GUGACAGUUUUGGUGGCCUUCCAGGUCUCACACGGUUGUUAGGAGUCCCAUUUUCCGAACUCCCGUUUUAGAAAUUUUUUCUUUUUAACUUUCUUUGACAUUCCCCUUUCUUAAGCAAGUAGAUUAUCUUAUAUCUAAUCUCUUUCGAAACAUCUCUUCCAAAAUUAAUUGCACUAAAUGGCUGUUUUGACUGGAAAAUAAAUGUAGGGUGAUCUCUGACUUUUGCACAGUACUGCACAUUCAAAACUAUUUAAAUACACUUUAAUAAAGUUUAAGUAAAUGUGUCCAUUGUUGUGAAAUGAAUAGCCUUCUGUAAAAACAGCAUGAGUGUAUGUGUGUCUAUCUCUUAAAACAUUGCUCAACUCAGCUGCUUCCUACACUUUUAUGCUUUUAUCUUUCUAUUAUCCUUAUGUUUUUCCACCUCUCAAACACGUUGACUCCCACUCUCUCUUUAGUCAUGAAUGCACUGAAACCUGUGGUGAAAAAGUCAGUGUUGUUCCCAAGUGGUAUGAAUGAUUAACAGAGUUGGUUGGAUGAGUUCCAAGGUUAGAAAUUCCUUUUUUCAGUGACCACCCUCUGCCCUUGGAGUGAGACCUUCAGUCUGUUCCCAAACUCGCACACACUGAAGCCUGCCCUUCUUUAGAGCAUGUACAAGCAUGUAACGUUUUAACGGCAGUGAUGUCAUUGUUGAGGUUUCAUUAGCUUUGGCUGAACCCACCCUGGGUGUGUUAGGAGGUUCUUCUGUAAAGAUGACGUGAGGAACAGUCACCUGUUUCAUGGUCAUAAAGCACAGUAGCAGGUUCUCAUUCUCUCCCGCGUCUAAUCUUUCGUCUGUUUUGUCCAGUAACAGGUGCUAUCAAAGAUGGAUCGCCUCGUCCACAGGUUCCAGACCUUACUCCUUCCCCUGACCAUCAGCGUUACCUCUCUACUUAGCAUCAAUGCAGUCAGUGCGGCCCCGCAGGGUUGCGGCUCCAACGUGAACUCUCUCUACUUCAACCUGUGUGACCUCAGUGCCGUCUGGGGCAUCGUAUUGGAGGCGUUUGCCUCUGCCGGAGUGCUGACCUCUCUGAUCCUCCUGAUGGUGGUCCUGGCCAGUUUACCCUUCUUGUCGGACAAAAAAAGGCGCAGCUCGGUAGGGCUGGACACCUUCUUUCUUAUCUGCACCUUGGGCCUUUUCGGCUUGACCUUCGCCUUUAUCGUGGGAAAGGACUUCUCCACCUGCGCCUCACGGCGCUUUCUGUUCGGGGUGCUGUUUGCCGGCUGCUUCUCUUGCCUCUUGAUGAAAGCGGUGAACCUCAACAUGCUGGCCAGGAGGGACUCUGGGCCCAGAGGCUGGGUGCUGUGCCUGGGAGCUUUGGCGUUCUGGCUGGUGGAGGUGGUCAUCAACACAGAAUGGCUGAUUAUCACUAUAGUUCGGUACCCCAUAUACGCCAUCGACUCCAUUAGCUCUGUUAACGUCAGUGGAGCUCUUGUCUCUGCCAUGCCCGUGCCUUGCAACAUCGCCAACCAGGACUUUGUCAUGGCUUUGAUCUACGUUCUGAACCUGCUGCUGGCCGUCGUCGUGGCACCUGUUCCAGUUCUAGCAGGCAAGCACAAGCGCUGGCACAAGGAUGGCAUCUUCAUCCUGAUCACAGCGCUGCUCUCUGUGGGUAUCUGGGUGGCUUGGAUCGUCAUGUACACCUAUGGGAAAAAUAAAUAUGGUGGCCCAACGUGGGAUGACCCUACCCUGGCUAUAGCGCUGGUGGCCAACGCAUGGGUCUUUGUGCUGCUCUACACAAUACCGGAGGUGUGCUUUCUGACUGAGGAGGACGAGGCGGAAUCAGGCUUUGGAGAGGACCUGUACCCCAGCCAGGGAGUGGGUUAUGAGACCAUCUUGAAAGAGCAGAGCUCCCAGAGUAUAUUUAUGGAGAACAAGGCCUUCUCCAUGGACGAACCUAACCCAGGUAAUAGGCCAGUGUCUCCGUACAGCAACUACAACGGGCAGCUCCGCAGCUCUGUCUACCAGCCCACUGAGCUCGCCCUCAUUACCAAGGGAAUAGGAAAUCAGCAGAUGGACUUGUCGUAUGAUACCGCGAUCCCACGAGCCUCCCUGGGCUCUCCCCACUCCCAGAGCAGCAGCAGCAGCAGCCCCUCGACACGGCCCGAAGACUCGCCCCAUGGACAAAAACAUGUGAUCAACGGCAACGGAUUGCAUUGGAAACCUCAGUGGUCAGGCUAACCAUGACCUCCUGCUUUGGACCUCUUCGAAAUUUUUCCUCAACAAACUUUCAUCCUAGUUCUACUUCUGCCUUUGGAUCGUUUCUCAUCCCAAAGAGAUUUAUAGCCUUAAUUUUGGAGUGGCCAAGUGUCCAUUUUGCCUGUUAAAGAGACGGCAUACAGGGAUUUCUUGUGUGCCACGGAACAGGAAAAUCAACAAAGAAAAUCAGACAAGACAUGACCUGCAGCUGGACACAGGACAUGGAGCAUGCUCAUGCGGUAUCUAAGGGUUGCGUUAACUAGCGCAAUACUGUGCAUUUACAUUCACAGAGGAGAAAAAGUGGAACUUGGCUCUCAUGCUGUGUCAGCAUGUUAUCGGAUGCCCACAUCCGAUACUGUUAAGAGACUGAUUACCUCUUGUUCUUGUCUGCCUUAAACUGCAAUAUUUAGGUAUAGUGAGAGCACAGGUAUGCAUGCACUAGCCUAGAGCUGUGCUAAUGUGAGCUAGCUUGCAGCGACAAUCACUUCUGUACAGAAAGUGCCGUACUACUGCUGUAUAAUUGGACGUGCCUAUUUAUAUAAUUCAGUUUCAUGUCUUUCUAUAUCAUUGUGAAGUUAAAAUGUGUUCAGUAUUGCAACACAUAUUUUACAAAUUGAUCACCCUUCUCUAAACACAUCCAUUGCAAAUUGCACGCUUGUACUAUGUAAGUCUUGUGCCAUGUAAAUUUCAGCUGGUGAACUGGACUGAGUGAUUUAUAGCUUCAAAUGUAUAUUCACAAAAUAAAAAUCUCAGAAUUGUCUCAUAAUUAUCUCAUAAUUCAGUUUUAUCUUGCUUAAUCUUCCCUCUGCUGUGGCUUAGGUCAUAGUAGGGGUUGUGCAUAAAGGCUUCUGACCAGGUCAUGCAGAUAAAAUCACAAAGCGAAAUGUGUGGGGUGGAAAAUUCCUGUCUGCCGUAGCCGGUGCCCACCGCAUUUACAUAGUCGCUGUAGAUAAAACACAGCAGCUCACCUGCGGGCUCAGUUCAGUCCAUCAGAGACAGCAAGCUCCAGGACAAGGGUUAUAUAAGGCAACCAUAACAUCCUUACAACUAUGAGUUCUAUGCUGUGUCCAUGGCUUUGUUUUUGUUUAUGGAUUUGCAGUAUAUGAAAAUUAUGUCCCCAGGAUAAUGGAAACUGAAAACAAUGUUUUGAAGUUUGUAGGCCUAAGGUCAUUCUUUGUAUCUGAAGGAUCUGUGGUCAGUUUUUAAUAAGAGGGUUAGGGAUGCUAGAACCACGUAAUUUUAAUGAUUUGAUAACUGCAAAUGUACAGAACCCAAGGUUCUUGUUCUCUACAAUAGAUUCUUUAGUAAAUGGGGUUACCUAAUUUUAGUAAUGGGGUCUCCUAUUUCCCUGAGGGGUUUUAAAGAGAGUGUACAGUGGUUUAUAUCCCUCUACCUCUCCUCAUGAUAUUCUUCUGGCUAAAGUUUUUGAAGGGUUUUUGAUUCUGUGGUUAUUCACCUACAAUCAGUUUUAAACGUAUCCCUUAUUUCUGGAUGCAUCGCAGAUUGUUUUAAGUAAAUAUAAAAAAACUGGUCCUGAUGCUGUGGAUUAUGUAAAUUAUAGACUGGUGAAAGUUGCCUUUUGUCUCAAAAAUUCUGGAGAAAGUGGCAAUAAAGCAGCUUCUCGAUACCCUAAAUUAAAAUUGUAUUUGUGGGAAGUUUAAAAGUGGUCUUAGACAGAAACAUAGUACAGAGAUGGCACUUCUGAGAAUUUUAAAUGACACCUAAAUGAUAAUGAGCGCUGAUGCAGCUUUUGAUACUGUUGACCAUUAUAUUUUGAUAAAUAGGCUGCAUAUUUAUCCAGUAGAAAAAUUGGAGAUAGAACAUCCUCAUGUACUGAUCUUUCUUGCUGGGUUCCACAAGGGUCUGUCUUUGGCCCAUUUUUAUUUUCGUUAUACAUAUGCUCCUGCUGGGAAAUUUGUCGAUUUAAUAUAUCUUAAGUUUUUUUAUUUUUUAUUUUUUUUGCUAAUGAUACACAGCUUUAUCUCUCUGUAAAACAAAAUAAUUUCAGUAGAUUAAAAAACAUCUAAUGGAAUGUAUUCAAACUGUUAAGGAUUGGUUGUCCUGUAAUUUUCUUUAGUUAAAUGAAGGGUAAACAGAAAUGCUGAUUUGGGUCCCAAAAAUGUUGUCAGCAACUUAAGGAAGGAUCUUGACUCGCUGGCCUUAGAGAUAAAUCCUUAUUCUAGAAAUUUGGCCAUCAUUUUUGAACUAAAUUUCUCAAUGCAUUUAAAAAAAGCUCGUACUGGUCUGCUACUUUCAAUUGAGAAAUAUAGCUAAAAUCAGAAAAAUGCCUUCCUUUGAUGACAGAGAGAAUUAUUCAUGCUUUUAUAUCAUCAUGGUUGGAUUAUUGUAAUGCUGUAUGUGCAUGUCUUAGUCUAUGACACAGCUCCAGUUUACAGACUCAGAUUCCUUUACAGUGGUGGUGAUAGGAACCAGAGGUCACAAUGCCUAUAACUCAGAUACAGCCAUUGUAUUUCUCCAAAACCACCAGUUUUUACAUGUAAUAAUAAUAAUAAAAUAUUUUUUUGGCGACUACUUUGUCUGCUUAUGCCUCUUCACUAUU